AAUGUUUGCACCAAUGCACAUGGCAUUUAGGCGGCAAUUUUUCUUCGGAAAGAAACUGUUGUUGAAGUUUCUUCCUUAGAAAAAGAUAGAGGGCGAAAGACAGUGAGUGUAUAUCGCCUGUCACAGACUGACCCGCUACUUGGCGACAAAAUUAUAACCUUUAAUUUAACUUCAACAAGUGGCCUCUUAUCAUGUCUAAGAAAAAAGGACUGAGCGUUGAGGAAAAACGCAGUAAAUUGUUAGAAAUUUUCUACGAAAAGAAGGAGUUUUUCACACUCAAGGAAUUAGAAAAAAUUGCCCCUAAAGAGAAGGGUAUAGUCGUUCAAUCCGUCAAAGAUGUGUUAAUGAGUCUUGUUCAUGAUAAUUUAGUUGACAGUGACAAGAUUGGUACAUCAGUAUUCUUUUGGGCUUUUCCAAGCAAGGAGAGGAAUGCCAAAAAGAAAACUCUAGAUGACUUGAAAAGCCGCCUCGCUGAGGAAAAUGCAAAACUCAAAACAGCACGGGAAAAGAUCAUCAGUGCGAAGGUUGGAAGGGAGGACACUGAUAAACGAAUGAAGCUCUUACAAAAUCGUCAGAACUUGUUGGCAGAUGAGGAAAAGCUUACUCUUGAAUUGCAAAAGUAUAAAGAGUCAGACCCUGAGACGUUAGAAAGAAAGAAGCAAGAAAUUAAGGUUGCAAAAGAAGCGGCCAACCAAUGGACUGACAAUAUUUUUACCAUAAAGACCUGGUGCAAGGAUAGGUGUAACGUAGAAGAAAGCCAAAUAGAAAAGUCAUUUAACAUUCCUGCUGACCUUGAUUAUUUAAGCUAAGGAUGGAACUCAGGAUCUGUGAUUUAGAUGAUGCUGCAGGCAAUUCUGCAAAUUUGAUUUUAAGGGUUUGAAUACAUAAACAAAAAUUACUUUGUAUCUAGGUUUAUCUCACUCAUUAUUUAUUUACAAAUUACAUUAUCAUUAAAACUUUAUUAUAUUGA